AUCCACGAACAUGGGGCGAAGCGGCGGCCGCCGCGAGUGCUGGCCGCGAGUGCCGCCGCUUCCCUGACGCCCAAGCUGGGGCCUUGCAGCUUGACGCAGCCCCAGCUGCCGCGGUACGAACUCGCCUGCCCGCCCUCCUCCCGACUCUCCGCAGGGCCAUGUGAGGGGGCAGCUCCCUCCGCAGCCGCCGCCUCCUCCUCCUCUUCCUCCCCCUGCCCCUCCCUCCCUUCCCGCCCACCUCACGCAGGGCCCUAGUGGAGCCCCCACUGCUGCCCGCCCUCCCUACGCAACCCCCACGAUGGACAGGAACUACCCAACCUCGGAUUUCGCCGACCCACCGCCGCCGCCCCCGCCCCCCGCCGCCCCCGCCGCCGCUGCCGCCUCCAGCGCCGCCGCGCAGACCCCGACCCCCGCCUGGGCCUACGAACCCCGAGCCCCGGCCGCCGCCUCCAGCCCCAGCUGCAGCAGCGGCAGCAGCCCCAGCCUCAAGGCCAGUUUAAGUUAUGAAGAAGGACAUCCCUCAGAGUCUGAAACAGAUCUCCUUCAGAGACAGACGUUUGUAGCCUCUCAUCAGAUUCCUGGAUAUGCCGCCACACCUCAACCAACUGGUCUUUCAGGAAUAUUUGAUACUAGCGUGAACAGUGCCAGCACUAACACUAAGGAAUCUUCCGUGAUGAAUUUUCUCUCCACUGUUGAGUCCCGAACUGCUCAGGCUGCUUCUUCAGGAACUACUCUUUUACCACAAUUCAGGGCUCCAUCCUGGCAGACAGGUAUGCAUUCCUCAGCAGCAACUGAGCUGUUUGUUACUGGACCUUUGCCAACCACUGGAACUCUUCCACCACCUGCCCCUUCUGCUUAUCAGCAUCCUACCACCUUUAGCAAUAGAAACUUUGCCACCACCUCACCUUUGGUGCUUCAGGAUUCAACUUUUAACACUACAGCAAAUGGAAUAUUAAAUCCUCAUGACCCUUUGCUGCAAAUUAAGACUUCCCAAGGAACUGUUCCAACUGCUUUGGCAUUUGAACGCCUGGGCAGUUCUGCAUUAAGUAACAGCAUACCACCUCAGUCUUCAACAUAUCGCUCGGCUCAAGAGUCUGCACCCCAUCUUUUACAACCUCAGUUUAGUUUGUUGCCUUCAGCACUUGGGGGAGCCCAGCAGACUCCUCAAGCCUACAAUUCAACUCUCUUCACUAAUUCUACUGCUUCCAUUGAAAGAGCUCUUCUUCGAGAAUGUAGUGUUAUUAAACACCAUCAGCGGCCUUCAGGUACCCAGUCUAUUCAGGCACAACUGACUGGUUCACAGCAUUCCUUACAUAGUUACCUAUCAAAUACAAAUGUAGUUAGCUUUCAGGAAACAACUAGGCAGUCAUCCUUAUCCUGUAGCCCAAUUGGAGAUUCUACUCAGGUGAGCAAUGGAGGAUUGCAACAGAAGACCCCACAGGUCUCUGUGGAACUUGCUCAGUCUUACUCAUCUGCAAUUCCAUCAUCAGGGUAUGCUGCUUCUACUACAACAGUAAAUAACUGUUCUACAAAACAACCACUAACAUCAACUAAGAUCCCAAAACCUCAAAGUGUAAUUCCUCCUGUGCAAACACUAAGCUAUGCCAAACCUUUACAUAACCAGAGUUCUGUAAUAUCAGGUCAAGCACAGAUUUAUUCUACAGCGCAGCUACCAAGCCUGUUAUCAGUUAGUCAGUCCCAAAAUUAUGGUUUAGUACAGCCACACAAUGCACCAUCUAUUGUUCAUUCACAGGUUUAUAGGUCCAGCAAAGUGGAGAAAUUGCCAUCCUUGUAUAAAACAUUGACUUUUUCUGGGUCUUCUCAGCCUAUAACUUCUGAAAGUCAAACACUCAGUUAUUCAUCCAAUCAGCAAGAAGUAUUAUCUUCAGUUACAAAUGAGAAUUACCCUGAUCAUACAAGAGAUCUGUCUUCAGUUAGUCAGUCUCAAAGUUAUUCAUCUAGUCACUCUCAGGGUUUAUCACCAGGUAGCCAGACACAGGUUAGUUAUUCAUCUCAAUCACAAGUGUUGUCAGUUGUUAGUCCUUCAGAAAGCUAUGCUUCAGGGCAGUCCCUGACAUUAACAGCCCCAUCUCUUUCUUACUCUUCUGCCUCUCGGGCUCAGAAAUUGCCAGACUCUAACUCAACCCAGAAUUAUAUUUCCAUUCAUUCUUCUCAAAAUGCUCAGACUCAAGGGUCAUCAUCUCCCCAGUCCCAGAAAUUUUUGCCUGCUAUUCAGUCAUCAUCUUUUGCAUCCUCUACUCAUUGUCGGACAUUACAAAAUAAUAUACCUUCCCCAGAUCCAAAGUCUUAUGCUGAAAGAAAACUUGACUCAAAUGUGUAUACAUCUUCAAAGCAAGAAGAUGAUUUUCCAAUUCAAGAGUUACAAGCAUUGCAGCCACAGACAUCUCUAGAGACAUCAACGCAAAGGCUAUCUGAUGGGGAAAUGAAUGCUCAAGAAUCAACUUACAAGGUAUCAAAGGCAGAUGACAGAUAUUCUCAGAGUGUAAUCAGAAGUAAUUGCCAUCUUGAAGAUCAAGUUGUUGGGAUUACUCCACAAGGGUCAAAAAAAGAAGAAAACUUGGUUGGUUCAGUGACACAACUUAACCAGCAAAUUGGCCAAGCCAAUAAUGCAGCAACCCUUGAUCUUAAGAAAACUGAUUUAAUGCAAACUCCACAAAUAAGGCUGAAUGCUAAAGACCUAAGCCAACAGCAUUCUCUUAUACAUAAGGUUCAUGAAGCCAAGGUCCAGGAACAGCAUGAUCAAAUAAUUAAUGCAUCUCAGAUUCAAAUUCCAAAUCAUGCUUUAGGACAUGGCCAUCAGGCAUCUCUUCCUAAUACACAGCUUCUUUUGGAUUCUGCAUGUGAUUUACAGAUUCUUCAACAGUCAAUACUGCAGGCAGGUUUAGGACAAGUAAAGGCAUCUUUACAAGUUCAACGUGUCCAAAGUCCUCAACAAGUAGUGAAUCCUUUCCUACAAAUGGAUGGUCAUAUUAUUCAGAGCAAUGGUGAUCAUUCUCAACAGCAGAUCCAUCCUCAAAAUUCCGAAAUUAUGAAAAUGGACCUCUCUGAAUCCUCAAAACCAUUACAGCAUCUUCCAACAAAGGGCCAUUUCAGUGAAACAAAUCAACAUGAUUCAAAGAAUCAGUUUGUUUCUCUUGGAUCAAUAUGUUUUCCAGAGGCAAUGCUUCUCAGUGAUGAAAGAAAUAUUUUAUCAAAUGUAGAUGAUAUCUUAGCAGCUACAGCAGCAGCUUGUGGAGUUACACCUUCUGAUUUUCCAAAGUCAGCUUCAAGUGAAAGCAUGCAGGCUGUUGAAGGUGGUGAUUCUAAAUCUCAUUUUCAGCCAACAUUAGAUGUCAGUCAUGUGACUUCAGAUUUUAACUCUAUAACAGCUACAGUAGGAAAACCACAGAAUAUAGAUGAAAUUUCUUUAAAUGGGAAUCAGGUUACUGUAAACCUUUCAUCCAUACCUACCCUUCAGUCAAAAAUGACUCUUGAUCAACAGCAUGUUGAAACACCUGGUCAAAAUACACCAACUAAAGUAACUUCAGCGGUAAUUGGACCAAGUCAUGAAGUCCAGGAGCAAAACUCUGGCCCAUUCAAGAAACAGUCUGCUACCAAUCAUGAAUCUGAAGAAGACAGUGAAGUUCCUGUUGAUAAUACAUUAAAUAAUAACAGAAACCAAGAGUUUGUUGCUAGUAGUAGAAGCAUAAGUGGAGAAAGUGCUACAUCAGAGAGUGAAUUUACUUUAAGUGCUGAUGAUAGUAAUGUAUCAGUGAACCCCACAAGAAGUGCACUUGCACUGUUGGCCAUGGCCCAACCUGGGGAUCCAAUCAGUGUGAAGACUGAAGAAGAAAACCAAGAUCUAAUUCAUUUUAACCUUCCAAAGAAAAAAGCUAAAGGAAAAGGACAAAUUAAAGAUGAAGACAACAAUAAUCAGAAACAUCUGAAAAGACCUUCCCAAGGCAAACGCCAGAAUCCCAUGGGAACAGAUAUAUAUUUACCAUAUACUCCUCCUUCCUUGGAAAGCUGCCAUGAUGGUUAUCAGCAUCAAGAAAAAAUGAGACAGAAGAUCAAAGAAGUAGAGGAAAAACAGCCAGAAGUCAAAACAGGAUUUAUUGCUUCUUUCUUAGAUUUUCUGAAAUCUGGGCCCAAGCAACAGUUUUCCACUCUUGCUGUUCGAAUGCCUAACAGGACCAGACGACCAGGAACCCAGAUUGUUCGUACAUUUUGUCCCCCACCACUUCCAAAGACUUCAUCUACAGUACCCGCACCUUUAGUGUCUGAAACUGGAGGCAAUAAUAGUCCAUCAGAAAAAGCUGAUAACAAACUUAAAAACUUGGAACAUUUAUCUUCAUUUUCUUCUGAUGAAGAAGAUCCUGCUGUAUGCAGUCAUGAUGUUUAUAAAAACAUCUCUACUCCCUUAAAUGCAUUGGAUGCAGAUUCUGAUAAAAAGAAGAAAACAGAAGCCCUACACGUGGCAAGUUCUAGCCCAUCUGCCAAUACUACUAGUACUGUUACUACUUCCUCCACCACUGUGGGUGCAGUUAAGCAAGAAUCUCUCCAGUCUACUUCAUCUGCAAUAAACAUCCUGGAAAAUACAAAUUCUUCAGAACCCCCAAAACCCAUUGAACUUGAUGGUCUUCCUUUAGAACAGUUUGCAAAAGAACAAGACACUGUUGCCAUAGAAGGUUUUACAGAUGAGGAAAACACAGGAAGUGGAGGAGAAGGCCAGUACAGAGAGCGUGAUGAAUUUGUGGUAAAGAUAGAAGACAUAGAGACUUUUAAGGAGGCUUUAAAAUCAGGAAAAGAACCCCCAGCUAUUUGGAAAGUACAAAAAGCUUUAUUACAGAAAUUUGUUCCAGAAGUUCGAGAUGGGCAAAGAGAAUUUGCAGCUACAAAUAGUUACCUUGGAUAUUUUGGAGAUGCAAAGACUAAAUACAAAAGGAUAUAUGUGAAGUUCAUUGAAAAUGCAAACAAAAAGGAGUAUGUCCGCGUGUGUUCCAAAAAACCAAGAAUUAAGCCUUCACAAACUAUCAGAACUGUUCAACCUAAGCCAACUAGUAGCAGUAAAACUUCUGAUCCUCCAACAUCAAAAACUACAACAACAAAAGCUCCUUCUGUGAAACCCAAAGUUAAACAGCUAAAAAUAAAAGCUGAGCCACCACCAAAGAAACGGAAGAAAUGGAAAGAAGAAUUUUCUUCUUCGCAGUCUGACUCAUCUCCUGAGAUCCAUUCUAGUAGUAGCGAUGACGAGGAAUUUGAUCCUCCAGCUCCUUUUGUCACUCGCUUUUUGAACACAAGAGCAAUGAAAGAAACUUUUAAGAGUUACAUGGAAUUGCUUGUUAGCAUUGCCCUGGACCCUGACACAAUGCAAGCCUUAGAGAAGAGCAAUGAUGAGCUGCUUUUACCUCAUAUGAAAAAAAUAGAUGGCAUGCUAAAUGAUAACCGAAAGAGACUGCUUUUGAAUCUUCAUUUGGAUCAAUCAUUUAAGAAUGCUUUGGAAAGUUUUCCUGAACUAACAAUAAUUACUCGAGAUUCUAAAACAAAAAGUGGAGGAUCUGCUAUUUCUAAAAUCAAAAUGAAUGGCAAAGCUUAUAAUAAGAAAACUCUAAGGACUUCUAAAACAACUACUAAAUCUGCACAGGAGUUUGCUGUUGAUCCAGAGAAAAUACAUUUGUAUUCCUUGUAUCAUUCACUCCAUCAUUAUAAAUAUCAUGUUUAUCUGAUAUGUAAGGAAGAGAUUUCUUCUGUGCAGAAAAAAAAUGAAGAUUUAGGACAAGAGGAAAUUGUUCAACUUUGUAAAAAUGUAAAAUGGGUGGAGGACCUGUUUGAAAAAUUUGGAGAACUUCUAAAUCAUGUACAGCAGAAAUGUUCCUAACAUUUCCACAACAGUCCCAUCUUUUUUAUAGCACUAAUGAAUGGCGGAGGUGGGGUGAUCACAGAUAAUCAGAUGUCGAGCAGAGGCCUCCUGCAGUUACGCCACUUCCGUCACCAAGCUUUCACCAGGACCUCUGCGGAAGGACAGUGGUGCUGCCAGGGAAGUCAGUCCUUAGAAAUGGACCUCAGUCCCACCACAUUUUUAUCCUAAUGAAUGAUUUUUCUAUUUUAUAAACCAUUGGGUAACUGAGUUUUAUUUUCAGAAAUGUUUUUUGACAAAUGAUGAAGCAUGCACUAAAUAUAAAUUUUUCUUUAUUGCUAGAGAGAUAACACUUAAGUAACUUCAUUAUUUCUGACUCUGGCUACAUGCCAGAAUGAAAGAGGUGGCAGAAAGCAUGCAUUUAUAUUCAUGUCUGGCCACAAAACUGAAAGUAUUGUACAUUAUGUAAACAGAUCUGGUGUGAUGUAACAUCCUAUAUGAGAAUAUCAUCGAUUUAGAAUAUAAAGUUCAGAAACUGCAUUCUGCUUUAUGGACUCCUUUUAACAUGUUCAGGAAACUGGAUGUGGAAUUGGUGCAAUUCUAUGACUGCUUUUUGUGUCAAAUUAUAUUGUAAUGAAAAAAACAGUGACAGACUAUUUUCCCUAUCUCAAAGAAAAGUAUUUUUGUUUAUACUGUGUUUUCCCCUCUGGAAAAUUUCAAUUGUACAUUUUAUUUUACUAAUAGUUGUAUUUUUCACAAGGAAAAUGUCAUGGUUAUAAUUAUGUUCUCUGUAUCUGUACUACACUUCAUUGCUUUCAGUAAAUCCUAUUUAGUUAUAUGUUGAAUUUCUGUUGUGAAUUUUAUCUUGAGGUAACUGUUUUUGUUCAUACGGAUUUGCUUCAGUGUUAUCCAGAAUAUGCAUUCAGUGCUAGAAUUCAUUUAGCUUUAUAAACGGGGCUGUGUUAGACACUGCAGCAAUUUCCUGAUUCAUUAAAUAAAUUUUUUUAUUAAACUAGUA